AGACGAAGAAAGGUGAAAAGAAAGAGACGAAGAAAGGCGAAAAGAAAGAGACGAAGAAAAGCGAUAAGGAAGAGACGAAGAAAAGCGAUAAGGAAGAGACAGAGAAGAAAGUAGAAAAGCUGAAGAAAGUUCGUAUUGCAAGGAAGAAAAUGACAGGCGACAAAUUGAAAGAUGUGAAAGCAGCGGCUGGUAACGUUGAUGAUGGAAAUAAAGUCGAAGAAGCGAUCGAAAAGAAUACCUCGGUGGAAGGGUAUCACGGAAACGUUGAAAAAGCUUCGACCGAACCCGGUGUAUCUACCAGUGAAGGAUCAUAUCAGAAAGGAUUAGAGGAAUUAUCGGUGACUUGUCAAGAAGAUACCUCGAAGUACGCAGAAUCGACCGGCGCUGAAAAGAAAAUUAUCAAGGAACUCGACAAGGAAGAUAUAAAGGCGAAUACGGAAAAAAUAAAUGAACGUGUGUCGAAAGAAAUGAAUUUUCCUAUUGAAGGUACCUCCUCGAAGAACGAAGAAGAACGUGUCGAAACGAGGAAUAACGAAGGGUCCGAGGAGUCAUCGCAAAAAUCUCGGUCAAACGAGAAUGUAAAUGUUUCCUCUUUAAUUAGGGAAAAGCAAGAAUUCAGCUGUAAUCAGAAGAGUCGUAACGUUCAAGAAUACGAUCUCAAUAUCCAACUCGAUUCGAGCACUCCAAAGAAAUUGGAUAACGACGACGAUAAGAUUCAACUAAAAAAAGAACCCAAGGAAGAGUCUCUCCUUCAUGUAAUUUAUUAUCCCAUUGAUGAAGAUAAAGAUAAGGAUGUAGAUUCGGAAAAGAAAUUGGAUAAACAGUUGCUAGUAAUAAAUGAUGAAGAAGUUUCAAAUUCGACAGAUUCGGUGAAAUCGGUAAUCGUGAAGCCGAGAAAAAUUAUUAAAUUGCCCGAGAUCGGUGAGCCCGGUCCUGCGACGGAAAACGCUAAAGAAACAGUUAAAAAAUCAAAAUGUAAAAAACAUGCCGACAAAUCGUUGGAGCAACAAAGAAAACGCAAACAUAAGCAAAUGAAGAAGAAAGAGAUAAUGAAACGUGAAAAAAAAAUUAGAAAUACCAUAGAAAAAUUAAAAGGUCAAAUAAAUAAGCUGAUAAAAGAUAUAAAAUAUCUCGGAGAAAGUGAAUCUUCCUCUUCUUCUAUCGAUGACAAUUCCGAAAAGGAUUCAUUGAGCUCCUCUUACAACUACAUUUCCGGAGGAGAGGCAUCCAGCGUCGAUUACGAUUACUCUUACGAAGAAUCAUUGUACAGUUUAUUCUCGAGUGAUAGUGAAAAAUCUCUCGAGAAUUGUUCCGAUACAUCCUACAUGUCAUCAGAAUCUGAAUCUACAGAGAGCAUCACAGAUUCGGAGUAUACGAUUUGCACCAGUUCAAAUCAAAACGAUUCUACGAGUAAUUAUACGAGCUACGAUUUUUAAUCCUUUCGAAUACUCUUAUGAAAAUUAAUCUAAAAAUAUACAAUCAUUUUUACUUGGAUUUUUAAUAACAGUGACAUACGAUAUAUUUAUGCUCGCGUUAAAUGCCUUAUCUUAUUGCUAUUAUAUAUAUAUAUAUGUACAAAUAAUGAAUUUUUAGCUUUGAACGAUUAGACUAUUGUCAAAGUUACUGUAAGUUCCUGUUAGC